AUGUCAAACAGAGAGGAAAGCGCGAAGUUGGUGCGAUGGGCAUUCGACGCGGGCUCAGAUGGGAGCGUUAUGUCGUCCGUCCCCUCGUCUCCGGAGAGUAGCUCGUCAUCAACACUUGCCUUUGUGAGUGCGCAACUGAUCGCACAUGGGUUUGCACGACCACCAGGGCUCCUGGGGCCACUCGUGGGCUUGAGUUCAAAAGACCAGGAACUCGUCACUAAGUGCUUCGUUUCGUUACUGGAUCAGAGAAUUAGCGACAUGGAGCGAAACGAGGAUCUGACAACGAGACUUAAUACCCUAACUUAUGAUCACGAACGUUUAAAAAGUCUCUAUAAUGCCGCAAAAGCCGAAACCAUACAGGCUCAGCGUGAAACAGAAUCCAUCAAAUCGAAGCAUGCGAUCACCUUGCGAGAACUCACGGACGCCCAGGCUGCACAAAAGCAAACUUGUGUAAGCCUUCAACGGGCCCAAUCAGCUCUACAGACAAGUCGUCAGAAUGCACAAAACGAGAUAAAACGUAAAGAGCGGGAGCUUGAGCGGAUUAUUGAGAGGUGGAACAAGGUUUCAACGGAUCACCAGGCAAAAAUAGGUGGUAUGGGCGCGAACAUUAAGUGUUCGAACUUGGUUGCAGAUGGUGUCACAGUUGUACCUCAGGCAAAUCCUAUUCUCGAGAAGUCUCUAGAGCAACUCAGAAUUGAACGGGAGCGAAUGGCUGAGCAAAAUGGGGACUUUCGCGAACUCAUUUUUUCCCUCGUUGUUGGCCUUGACAAACUCGCAAAGCGAAAUAACCCAAACCCCACCAUUGAGCUCAACCCCGUCCGGGAUACUACAAUCUUCUCGCCUAGUCCAACACCCUGGGUCUCGGAUGUUCUGAGCGCUCGAACGGUGUUGCACGAUCUUCUCCUUUCCAUUGGAGAAGUCAUAGAUUCCAGACCACUUUGCCAAACGAAGGGGGCCUCAAUGGAUGGGCGUCUGAGGGCGGGGGAACUGGACGUAGUUGCACAAGAGAAGCUCCUCCAAGAGGUUCAGAAUCUCCGAUCCGAACUGGAGGAAACACGCAAGGAGUUGACUGAAGAAAGAAACAAAGUACUCAACACAUUCAUGAACGAUCAGCGGCUUCUGAAUGGCAAACCCCGUAUUUCUGCGGGUGGGGAUGAAAUGUUCGAACAGAUGAAGGAUCAAAGGGAUCGUGAGAUUAAAUUAGAGGAACGUGAGCACGCUCUAGAGGAUGAGAAAGCGAGGCUCAUGGCUGUCGCUGUGGAGCUCGGUAAACAACGAAAUGCUCUGGCCGCCGAGAAACGAGAUUCUGAGGAGCAACAGCGGCAGCUGAAGCUACGUCAAGUCCUCGACGACCUUCCUGCCACUCCAGGACCUCCAACCCCGUCACCAGCUCCUGGAUUUAGCCCAACGCCGUCCGCGGCCCCCACAAUAUCAGUAACGAGCACAUCUGAAAAAGACGACCCUCCCAAAGGACACCCUCCGACGAGGCGCCAUGUCCACAGAGCGAAAAGUCCCAAGAAAGUCUCAUCCGGUGCUAGAAUGGCGGGUGUGAUACGCCAUCUGCGUCGCAGAAGAUCUAAACAGCUGCUUGAAAUUGAGACUCUUAUUGAAGAUGAUAUUGCUGAGGCGGCACAGGAAGAACUGGAGGAACUUGACAUGGGGACCAGCCCAGAGAGUAGCUGUAACGUCGUGGCGCCUGAAGUAGCUAGGAUGGCUCCAGGCGUCACUGCUGCCGUCAGCAAUGGGUUCCCCGCACCGGCUGUGGGGACACCUGCCCCAUUCAUCUCCUACCUGAACGAGACUCCGACAAAACCCGCCACUAUCCUUCGGAAGGAAAACCCAUUUGAUGUUAUUCUUGCACGAUCUGCCCAAUCUGCUCAGGAAUUUCAGCGAACUAUUUCCCCGGAGAGGCCAUCCAGUGUUACAACCGUUUCCAAUGGGCGGAAUCCGCCAGCUCUCCCUCCACUGUCUAUUCAAACUACUUCUUCGAUUGUAUCGAAAUCAGCUGCCACCGUCGGAGAGAGUAGGACACUUCCCGAAUCAUCUAUUUCCCCAGUUCUAUCCGCACCGGCCCCAACCACACCAGUGUCACUUAGUACAGCGCAGCAACGAAUACGACAAAACCCGUAUGCACCGGUGGUUCCGUCACCACUUUCGCGUAUACUACGAAUGAGCGACUCCCCACUCGAUCAUUCUGGGUGCUCCGGGAAUGAUGACAUUGGGCCACUCAAAAAUUCUGGAACAAGAUGGAAUCUAGCCGACGUUCUCGAAGAAGAGGAAGAUAACGGCACGGUAAACAUCGUGCGAAAUCCUCCUGCCUCGUUGGCAGAGGAAUUAGGCUUACCGCCCCUGAAUGCUGAUCAUCGCGGGUCCCCCUCUGCGUUCGAGGGUGGUACAAGGAUACGUCGCACACCUUCGCCGAGAAAGCUAUCUGCCAAAGAGAAAGGUAAAGCAAAGAUGGCUGUUACAGGGUCCCCCCCUUCGACCUCGGCUGCUGUCCAUAAAAUCCGUGAAAAAGAGAAUACGUCACCGUUGAAGGCGAAGAAAAUCACCAUCGGAAGACGGGUAGUCGGUGGUGGGGGCGCUGUUCGCACUGCAAUGAUUCCUAAUCUCGCGCCAAGACGCACGAUAGGAGCCGGGGGACUGAGACCCACAGGUGUCGCUGCGAGGACUGCGCCAGUGCCUGCAUCGGGUUUCAAAUCCCUGAGAGACGAGGUGAAGGCACGACAAUCUACUAUGUCCAGACAGGCCCCUAUCUCGUGA